UCCAUCUUGCUUAACUGAACACAGCCUUAGCUUGUGGGUAGAGCGAAUUCUUGUGAGCUGUUAAUAGUAGAAAGUUGUCGAAAAUUCCAGAACGUUACCAAUCUACUGUUACCUAACCUGACCUAACUAACCUAGUCUUAAUCCCUAACCCUAAUCUAACCCUAACCUAACCUAACAUCUAACCUUCAAUUCUUUCAAAUACAUGUUGCGUGUGUUGCACUUUCUGCACUCCAAAUAGUGCAAAAUACAAAUAUUUAAGAAAACAAAGAUAAUGAAUCUUAAUAAAUAUUGAAAACGUAACAAUUAUAGAAUAAGGAAUGUAUAUUCAAUAUAAAAAAUGUGCAGUCAUGCAAGUUCUUUUCUAUUAAUUAAAAUUUAAAGAUUGCAAAAGAAACUUGGGAGCAGUCGGCGAAACGUGUACCAAUACGAUGUCCAGUUGGUUUACAGAGACAAACAGAAACAGAGUUUACAUUUUAACAGAAGAAAACGCGGAGCUGUCAGUCUGCUACCGGAUGUCAGGCGUUAUGGAGCUUUCUGGUGAUGAUCAAAUAUCAGAAUCUGUCGUUUCGCAAACGGCAGAUGAUGCGAGAGAAACAAUGGAUCAUCCUUGGAGCGAGCUGAGAACUAUAACCGCAUUUGAUGGUAAUGGGACAAGACUUUCAGUAAGUGAUAUUAAUGGAUCAACACUGUCAGUAAAUACUAUUAAUAAUGGAAAUCAAGAGAAUGGGUUCACCCAACGAGUAAAUCCCUCAACUAGUAUUUUAAUUGAAUCUCUUGUACACCAAUUGUGUGCUGCCUUUGAAAAAAAUAAAGAACGCAGGAAAAAAAUUUACCAAGGGAUUUGUAAUAAUUUGUUUAAAGCACAAUUGAUUGAUGGAUCCUACAAUAUGACCGAAUUUGAUAUACUGAGAAAACAACAUCGAGAUGCUUUUUAUAAUCUUGUCAAAGCUGCAUGUGCUGCCGCUGGAAGUGAAAUUCCUUUGAGUAUACCUGCUACACUGCCAAAGUUAUCUCGUUACUAUCAAGAAUUUACUGAAAUAAGCUUUAUCGGUGAUGGUGGAUUUGGCAAAGUUUACAAAGCACGGAAUUGUCUUGAUCGUAUAGAAUAUGCCAUCAAGAAGAUAUUUGUAUCUUCUAAACAGAUGAAGAUAAUAAAUCAACAUCUGAAUGAGGUGCACGCACUAGCUAAAUUAAAUCAUCCGAAUAUCGUCCCCUACAAAGCAGCUUGGAUUGAACCAUCUUUUAUUUCGAGAUUAUCAUCCGCAGAUUCUAGAUCAUAUAGGACACAAACAGGAAAACGACCGAAAAGGAACAAAUCACGUGACUCAAAAAUUUUUGAAGAUUCGUCCAGUGACGAAAAUUCUUUGAAUUCUAAAGACAAUACAUCAGUUUGUAAAACAUCAAGUAACACAACUGGAAAACAGAGAGUCGAGGAAAUAGUAGAAGAAAGCGAAAUACAAGAAGAAUCCACUUCAGACGAAAUAUCUUUUAGAAAUAGUAAUAGUGAUAGUAAUAGCGACAAAAAUGAAGAUGUAACAAUUGACAAUAAUAGUGAUAAUAGCAAUUCUGAUUCAAGUAGUUCUAUGGAGAAUACUACUAGCCAAGUGUGCGCCUAUUCUAAUGGGAUUCUUCGUGGAGUUCAUUAUAUGCAUUCGCAGAAUGUCAUACAUCAUGAUAUAAAACCAAGCAACAUAUUUAUUUCGUCAUCAGGAGAACUUCAGAUUCAAUUAGGUGAUUUUGGUUUAGCUUGUCCAUUACAAGGAGAGGAAUAUCAUAACGUGCUUGGUACUCGCAUGUACGCAGCACCAGAACAAUUAGCUGGAAGAUGUGAUCCAAAGAGUGAUAUUUACAGCGUAGGAAUCGUUCUCACAGAGCUUUUAAUCUUAACACGUACUCAAAUGGAAUUAAUUGAAAUAAUUGAUUUUUUAAAAUGUGGUAAUAUACCAGCAAGUCUUUCAACUGAUCGAUAUAAAUGGGCACAAAUAAUUGUACAAAUGGUGCAAGAAGAUCCGCAGAAACGACCAUGGACGCAGCAACUUUUGCAGGAUAUAAAUGCAGACAAAGAUGUAACAAUAACCGAGCUGAAAAAUACGGUUAUGACCUUAAAAGAUGAUAUUAACAGUAAAGAACAUGAAAUCGAGAAGCUUCAAUCUGAGAUCGCAUUAUUAAAAGAAAAAGUUAAAAAUUUAGAAACUACCGACUGAGUGAAAUGUUAUCAAGCUCAAUUUUAUCAUGUAUUUGAAUUUAAAUGGACUUUUCUUCAGGUUUUAUUCAUAUUUCGCUUCGAUCAAUAUACUUUUAGCCAAUUAUACAAUUAUAUAAUUGAAUAGUAUUGAAUAUUAUACUUGCGUAUUAGAUAUUCAAUUACAUAAUUAAAUAUUUAAUUUUCAAAUUAUAUAAUUGUAUAAGAACAUAAACAAAUCUUCCCAGAAAAGUUGACUAAAAAGUUGACUUGCGAAUAAAAUGACACACUUGUUGUUGUGCGCAGAAACAAUUAAUUGUUAAUUGUUUAUAUAAGGAAUAACUAAUCAUGAAUACGUGAUCUUAUAAACUAUAUAUUUUUAAAAUGUUUAUGAAAUGGUUUUUAACAUUUCAUAAUUUCAAUAAAAAGACAAAUUUCUUAAAAUAGGAAAUACUUUCAGUAAUGUCUUGACUCUUUUAAAAAAUCUGUUGAAUGCAGCAAUAUGAUGAAUUCAAACUAUUUGCGUAAAUGUAAUUAUACAUCAAUUUACGUGUUCUGAUACUGAAGAUGAUUUAAGACAUUUAUGUCGAUCAUCAUUCUUUCUUUGUGUAAAUAAAAUAUCUGUUUCCGCGCACAAUUAUCCGCAUAUUUGUCCUUAUUAGCCAUUUUUUUAUAUUAUUAUAGUAUUUUUUUUGCGAAAGUGUCUUUGUGUGUGCAACGAGACUGUAAAAAGAUAUUUUUUAUUAUACAUAACUCGGAUUUUAAUAUUAAAUUUAGAAUAUAAUAGAAAAAUGCCAUGCAUAUACUAAGACUUUUUCACGAUAUCGAUGCGUACGUUUUAUAUAUAUAUAUAUAUAUAAACAUUUUUAUUAUAUUUGUUAAAAUAUAUACAAUAUGUUCGUAUUGUUUCUUAACUUAAAAUAGUUAUAAAAGUAAUAAUGUAAAAUAGUAAAAAAAGAGAAUUUUAGCACUUAUAUGAGCGAAAACGCAGAUAUUUUGUGCGAUAAUAUUAAUUGAUUCUUUAUUUUGUUGUCACAAGUGUGCGUGAAUAUGUAUAUAAAUUUAUUACAUAUG